GUGCACUACUUCAGCAUUGAUCAAGAGUUCAUCUACGAGCCCUUUUUCGCUGACUUUGGUCCACUGAACCUCGGAAUGGUAUGGAGAUAUUGCAAGGCGCUCGAGGCCAAGCUUGGUGACAGCAACCUGGCGGACAAGCGGAUCGUCCAUUACUGCUCGCAUGACCCAAAGAAGCGCGCGAAUGCCGCGACUCUGGUGUGCGCCUUCCAGGUCAUCGUGCUUGGCAAGCCAGCAGAUGAGGCCUACAAGCCGUUCCAGUCUGUCUACCCUCCCUUUCUACCGUACCGCGAUGCAACCUGCGGCAUCUGCACCUAUAGCCUGACGGUCCUGGACUGCCUGAAGGGCCUGGAGAAGGCCAUCGAGUGCGGAUGGUUUGACUGGAAACAGUUCGAUGUGGAAUCCUACGAAUUCUUCGAAAAG